AUUUAUAUUGAAUUUAAAUUUUUCUUAUUUUUAAAAUACACUCUUUGUGCUUAAGAGCUUUUACCUUAAGAGCUCAACAAUGGCCGCCCGGCUAUUCGACGCUGCUCGUCGCGGACAAGUUGAUACUCUUAUCGAACUGAGUAACCAAAACCGGACGAUCCUUGCAGAUUCCAAGAUCAUUUCUCCUUCGGAAUCUCUUCUUCACAUAGCCGUGAAAUCGGGGCAGCUCGACUUUGUUCGAACGCUCAUGAGCAUCGAUCCCGGGAUGGCGCACGAGACAAACGACGACGGUUAUAGAGCUCUCGAUGUAGCUGCGAUUCUCGGCGACGUGGAGAUCGUUAACACGAUGUUGAGUUUAAACCGAGACUUAUGUCGACUCAAAGGUAGAGAUAACCGGACAGCGCUUCAUUAUGCAGCUAUGAAAGGUAGAGUCGAUGUAAUAACCGGAUUGAGGAAUGUGUCCGUCGAUUCAAUCGAUGAUGUCACUGUCUACGGGGAGACCGCGAUUCAUCUCGCUGUGAAGUACCACCAAUUCGAAGUGUUUACUUCCUUGGUCGAAUGGGCCAUCGACGCCGUUGGCAAAGAAUCGAUCGUGAACGAAGGAGAUGGAGAUGGCGACACCGCGUUGCACCUUGCCGUCUUAACAAGACAAUACGCGUUUAUAGAGUUCCUCGUCCACGAGGAUCGUGGAGGAAUAACAUCCGUGAAUGCCACAAACUUAAAUGGCUCGACACCGCUCGACUUUCUUGACAUUCAAGAUUCGUACGACGCUAAGAUCAGCCGGAAGUUGGAAUCUUCCGGCGCCAUCAGAGCUUCAACUUCUGCUCCGGUGGCAAUUGAAAGGCUGUCGAAUUUCACGCCAGCCUCCGGACAGGGUCAAGAUGCUCGGUCAAGACACGUAGAAGAUUGGUUUGGCUACUUCAAAUUCCAAAGGCAACGGGACAGCCCCGGCGACGUGCGAAACGCUCUACUAAUCGUGGCUGCGCUCAUCGCCACCGUUUGUUUUCAAUCUGCAAUCAAUCCACCGGAUGGGAUUUUCGGAAAUCAAAAGGUGAAAGACAACAAUCAGGCGACUCCGGUCGGGCCACCAGGUCCGCCACCACCUCCUGGGUUUAGUGCAGGAACGGUCUCCGCCGUGUCAUCUGUUUCUGCGAUUCUCGGCUCUUAUUUAACGGCUAUUUUCUUCUUGUUCGCCAACACCUUAGGCCUCACUGCCUCGACGUGCAUACUAAUAUAUCUUACGAUGGGAUUUCCGUUCCAGCGCGAGCUCCACAUCGCGCUGUAUUCUAUGACGUUCACAUAUGGUUUCGCUAUUGGCCACUCGAUCAAAGAUGUCGAUGCGAAGGAGAAAGUCAAGGCUUACGUUUUUCUAACGGUCGCCCUCGUUGCGCCGUGGGCACAACGAUGGCUCCCGAGGCUUGGGAGAAGGGGUUGGAAGCUUUGGAGUGAACCUAAUUUGCAGGGCCAGCCCUGA